AUGGUGAUGGCGAUGGAGUGGAUCAACGAGCGGGUGCUGAAGGCUGUCCACAGCUGGCCGGCCCCUGAACGCGAGGUCACUCAGGAGGAAGCCACACGCGCGCUUCUCCGCGCCGAGUCGGUGCACGACAAGGCGCACAUGACAGUGGCACCCUACGAGGAGGGCAAGGUGCCCCUGCCCGAGGGUGCCCGCGACGCGAGGUAUGCGGACGCGAUCGGCGGGGCGCGCGCCCGCGAUUUGCUCGAACGGCAUCGGCGGAGCCCCGAGGAGAUCGAUGAGCCGAACCAGACCUUUGGGGGCGUGAUCCACUGGACUCGGAGUCCCAAGUGCUUCAUCUCCUUGUUCUUCGUGAGGAAGAAGAGUGGGGCGCUGGGGAUGAUAACCGACGCGAGACCUACUAACAGACUUUGUCGACCUCCACCUGGAGUUCAACUCUGCACAGCGGAGGGGCUGGGCCGGAACGAGCUGGAGGGGGGGGUCGAGCGGGCGUACAUGGCGCAGGCCGACGUCGCGGACUGCUUCCACAGGCUGAGGAUGAGGGAGGAGCUGCCGGAGUUCUUCGCGUUGCCGCCGCUGGCAGCGCGCGCAGCCGGGCUGGAGCGGCGCUCGGACGUUGCCGUGGGCUCGCCUGCCGAGCUCUGGUGGCCCUGCUGCGCCACCUUUCCCAUGGGGUUCAGCUGGGGCCUCAUCGUGGCGCAGCCACCGAUGGCGGACCCGCGGGGUCCAGCCGUCCUGGGCCCCGACGCCCUGCCGGCUCACUGCGUCUACGUCGACAACCUCGGCGUGCUCGACGCCGAUCCUCGGCGAAGGGUGGCUGUUUUCGUUGGGGCCUGCAGCUCGUGCGAGGGGGCCGGGCUCGCCCUGCGCGACCUCUUGGAGGGCGUCGGUGCCAUGGAGAGACUCGCCUCGAGGCCGCCCGCUACUGGCGGCUGGACGCCGGGCUACGCUGGCUGCUGGCUCGGCGGGAGCGACGCCAGCGAGUUCGGCUUCGGGAGCUGCUCCACGUGGUGGGGCGGCCGCGCCGCCGCCCGGCAUGGCAGGGUGCCCGAGCGGUCGAGGUGCCGCCUGGGCUCGGCCGCCGCGCGGGACCACGCCUUGCUGCAGUCCGGGCUCGGGAGUUUUGACGACGAGAUCGACGACCUCCCUCGCGAGUGCUUCGAGGAGGUUGGAGAUUUUCCCGAGAUGCCGCCCGGGCUGCUGAGGAAGGCCGACUGGCGAGUUAUCAUCGGAGGUCGCUGGAGGCGGCCCGAGCACAUCACCUUGCUGGAGACCCGGGCUGCCGUCGCCAUGUUGCGCCGGUGGGCGAGAGCUCGGCCGGGGGCCGGCGCGCGGAAGCUCUAUAUAGGUGAUAACCUCGGCAUGGUUUUCUCGCUGGAGAGGAUGUCCAAGCUGGUCCUGGGCGCCGGCCGCCAGCCGCGCGCCGGCCGGCCUGCACCUGGCGGGCCCAAGGGCCGGCAGCGGACGCUGACGGAGGCCGACGUCCACGCCUCGCUGAACUCGAGGUUGCGCUUCAAGCUGGCGAAGCCGCCCGUGGACCUCGACGAGGUAGGGGGCGCGAGCGAGGAGGGCCGCGAGACAGACGGGUCCAGCGGGGCUACCUCCGGGGUGCCUGUUCAUUGCGGUCCUACGAGGACUCGCCGGCUGGCAAGAUAUGCCAACCUCGACCCGAAGCGGGGCGCCACGCACCUGGAGCAGAAGAGCGCGACGCCGAGGGUGAUGGACGACAACAAGCGACGCAUGCGGCUCGCGUUGAGCUUCGCGCAGCGGCGCCGCUUCCAGGCCCGGUCUCAGACGGACGUGCACAGCAGCUACGGCGUCAAGCUUCUCGCCGGCUGGAUGGACGUCUACCCGGAGUACGGCAAGUACGGGAAGUUCAAGUUGCCGCGGGCGGGGCUGUGGGUGAUCGUCGCCUGCGGCUUCUACUUCAGGCCGUGCGAGUGCCUGGGGAUCCAGGCGGAGGACCUGGUCGCACCCGUCACGGGGGUCUCGAGCCACUGGGGGCUGCUGGUCGCGCCGGAGGAGCGCGGGGUGGCGACCAAGGUCGGGGCCUUCGACGACAAUCUGCUGUGGGAUGCCCCGUGCCUGUCUUUCAUGAACGACGUGUUUCAGGUGCUCCGCUCGCGGCCGGAGGGGCAGCCCUUGUGCGCCCUGGACUACCCGCGCGUGCUGAAGGCUUUCAAGCGGGCGUUCAAGCUGAUCGGGGCCGACGCGGUGCCGUACCACAUGAGGCACUCCGGUCCGAGUUGGAAGCGGCUCAAGGAGAUGGGGGCGCUGCAGCAGAUCCAGAAGAGAGGCCGCUGGGCCUCGGUCAAGAGCCUAGUGCGGCACGAGAAGCAUGGCAGGCUGGCGAUGCAGAUGGCCGAGCACUCCGCCGCCAAGCAACGCUGGCUGCUGGCCUGCGAGCGACGCGUCGGGGAGUGCGUCCUCGGCUCCAGAGUCGCCGACUGA